AUGAGAAAUGGUACUGUAACCACAUUCAUUCUUCUGGGAUUGACGGACGACCCUCACCUACAAGUUCCAAUUUUUAUCUUUCUAUUUUUCACCUACCUGCUGAGUAUAACUGGGAAUCUGACCAUCAUAGUACUCACCUUUGUGGAUCCCCACCUUAAGACACCCAUGUACUUUUUUCUGAGAAAUUUCUCUUUUUUGGAAAUUUCCUUCACAUCUGCUUGUAUACCCAGAUAUUUGUAUAACAUAGCAACAGGUGACAAGGUCAUUACCUAUGAUGCUUGUGUCAUCCAAGUCUUUUUUACUGAUCUCUGUGCAGUAACUGAAUUUUAUCUAUUAGCUGCCAUGUCCUAUGAUCGCUAUGUGGCCAUCUGCAAGCCCCUGCAUUAUGUGACCAUCAUGAGUCACAGAGUCUGCAGGAUUCUCAUCAUCUGUUGUUGGAUGGCUGGUUUAUGUAUACUAACCCCACCUCUGAGCCUGGGUUUAAAUCUAGUAUUUUGUGAUUCUAAUAAGAUCGAUCAUUUUGGUUGUGAUGCAUUUCCCCUAGUAAAAAUCUCAUGCUCAGACACAUGGUUCAUGGAACAGACAGUCAUAAUCUGUGCUGUAAUUACUCUGAAUGUGACUCUAACUUGUGUAGUUCUGUCUUAUUCUUACAUCAUCAAGACAAUACUUCGGUUUCCAUCUGUUCAGCAGAGAAAAAAAGCUUUUUCCACCUGUUCCUCUCACAUGAUUGUGGUUUCCAUCACCUAUGGCACCUGCAUUUUCAUCUAUAUGAAUCCUACAGCAAAGGAAGAAGUGACCACUAAUAAAGUGGUUUCUCUGCUCAUUUCUUCUGUUUCACCUACAUUAAACCCUUUUAUUUAUACCUUGAGAAACAAUCAAGUUAAGGAAGCCUUCAAGAACACAAUCAAAAGAAUUGCCUCACUCUCAGUUAAGUAA